AUGGAUACACAUGAUAUAUUUAAACAAUUAACAGCAGGUGUUCGUUUUACCAAAAAGCGUACGGCGCCCUCAGCAAACACAAAGUUUGCACACAUUAUAAAACAGGAUACGGAGGAUAUUAAACCGGAUACCAAGUCAGCCAAAGUGCCAAAGCUAUCAGAGGAAUGCACAGCAACUACACAGUUUCGAUUACUUGCUGACGCUGUCGGCACUCCGGCAAAUGAGCCCAAACGUAAGAAGGUUAAAAAGGAAUUGUCAUCGGAGCAGUUGGAGCAACAGCAGCGUGUGGAGCAUAUCAGUUCCCUGCGUAAGCAGCACAGCAUAACAGUGCUGGGCAAGGCUGUGCCAGCGCCCAUUACCAGCUUUGACGAGCUGAAUUCCGCAGAGUACAAUCUGUUGCCGCGUCUCAAGGAGAACCUCUUGUCCUAUGGCUUCCCACAGCCGACGCCUAUUCAAAUGCAAGCACUGCCCGUGCUGCUCAAGAAUAGAGCUCUAAUGGCCUGUGCACCAACUGGAUCAGGUAAAACCCUAGCCUUUCUCACGCCCAUCAUCAAUGGACUGCGUAGCCACAAGACAACUGGAUUACGUGCGCUUGUGCUUGCACCCACCCGUGAGCUGGCCCAGCAAAUCUAUCGGGAGUGCAUAGAGCUAACGAGAUCAACGGGUCUGCGCACGCACUUCAUCAGCAAGGUGAGCGAGGCACGGCAGCAACAUGGACCGGAUUGCAAGCAGAAGUACGAUAUAUUGAUAUCCACACCGAAUCGUGUGCGUUUCCUGCUGCAGCAACAGCCUCCACUGUUGGAUUUCAAGGGCAUUGAAUGGUUUGUGCUGGACGAAGCUGAUCGACUUAUGGAGGAGGGACAGAACAACUUCAAGGAGCAGCUGGAUGACAUCUACACAGCCUGCACACAUGCCCAGAAACGUGUGGCCUUCUUCAGUGCCACCUACACGGUGCCCGUGGCCAAAUGGGCCUUGAGGCAUCUCAAAAAUCUGGUGCGUGUGACAAUUGGCGUGCAGAACAGCGCAACGGAUACAGUGCAGCAGGAGCUGCUCUUUGUGGGCUCCGAGAGUGGCAAACUGCUGGCGGUGCGUGAAAUGGUCCGACAGGGAUUGCAGCCACCAGUGCUGGUCUUUGUGCAGAGCAAGGAGCGGGCGAAGCAGCUGUUCGAGGAGCUGCUCUACGAUGGCAUCAAUGUGGAUGUCAUCCAUGCGGAGCGGUCGCAACAUCAGCGCGACAAUUGUGUGCGCGCCUUUCGCGAGGGUCACAUCUGGGUACUCAUCUGUACGGAGCUAAUGGGACGCGGUAUUGACUUCAAGGGCGUCAAUCUGGUCAUCAAUUAUGACUUUCCGCCGACAACCAUCUCCUACAUUCAUCGCAUUGGACGCACAGGUCGUGCAGGACGUCCCGGACGUGCCAUUACCUUCUUUACCCAAGAUGAUACGGCCAAUUUGAGAAGCAUUGCGCAGAUAAUUAAGAAUUCCGGCGGAACGGUGCCGGAAUACAUGCUGCAAAUGAAAAAGGUGCGCAAAUCGGAGGCAAAGAUGCGUGCCAAGAAGCCGCUAGAACGCGAGGAUAUAUCCACCAAAAUCCGACCGGAAAAGCUGCCGCUGCCCAUGAACCUGGACAAACCGCAGCAAAAGCCACAGCCAAACGGUAAAGCUUCCAAGCAAGCAAAGAAAAAUAAAUCCGAGACCAAUUCAAAAAAUGAUAAGCAAAAGAAAAAGAGCAAAGAUAGCUCAAAAGCUAAAAUCAAAAAGGACAAAAAAAGUAAAUAAUGUUAAGAAAUAAAUUGUUUUAUAUAAAUUAAGCAAAUAUAUAUAUUUAUUAUAUUAACAAAGGAUUGCUUAAAAGUAAAUGGAAGUUUGUUAAAAAAAACAAUUUAUCUUAAAAGGAUGCUACAAAUUAAAAUGGAAAUUCAUUCAAGAAAAUAUACUUAGAUUCUUCAUCUUGAU